UUUAGUGCAUUUUUGUGUUUUAUUUAAUCAUUUAAAUUAUCGGUAUUACAACAAAAAAAAAAUAAGAAUGGGAAUUUCAGCAAGCAAAUGCGGACAAAAUGACGAGACAGACUUUCGAAAGGGAGACGAUAAUACGACACAUGAAAGCCCAUCCAUCUCACCUUUUCAACGUUUAAAAUCCCUGAGCAAUCGGUAUGAGAGAUUUUCUGCAAACCACAGUGAAAAGCCCCAAAGUUUGAGCAUGAACAAUCUGGAAGGUGAAUUAACACCGAGAAAAGCUCCUAAUUCUGGAUUGAAGAACCGUCUCAUAAAGGCAUUGGGCGGCUACACGAAUUUACUUGAUCCACGUAGCCCCAGCCAGAUAAUUGUUAGAACUCCUUUGGUGCUUGAUAAACAAAUGAGCGAUAAAGAUUAUAUGGGACUUUGUAAGAAAAACUUGGUUUUAGAAACAAGUAUUAGUUCAAAUCACGAGAAUUUAGACCAAGAACAGAGUCCAUAUAGCAUUUUUGAGGACAACCUAGACGAUCAAGCAGUAGAAAAGAAGGGUAUUGUCCAGGAGACCGUCACUUUGAAUGCAUCUGAGAACUUGGUUGAUGUUUUUGAUGGUUUGAUUAUCAAUAAAGAUCCUCGGUCCCCAUCAGAUGGAAUUGCUCGGACUCCCUUAGCAUUUGCUGUAGGUACUCUCCAAACCCCAUCUCUUGAAAUGCAACAGUCGUUCGUGCAAGAAAGGUCAAAAGUUCCAAAUAAACUCAACAAUCCGGAACCAAAGUUAGAAAAACCGUCGACGCAGCUCAUCAAAACAAUUUACAAAGACCUCAUUCGACGAGAUCCAAUUCAUACGAAUCUUUUGAAUGAGGACGAAAAUGAAAUUGAUACAAGUCGUACGACUCCAAUGAAAAAAACUAAAGAUUCUGGUAAUAAUAGGACUCCUUUGAGUUGUGUAGCUAACAGAACACGAAAUAAACCAAUGCAAGCAAAGAAAUUGCUUGAACAAGCUUUUGAAGAUAAUUUUUCACCAAAAAUUGAUCACGUCGGAGAUGAAAAUACUCCAAUUCAAAUGGAACGCAAGUUUGGACGAAAGGCAACCAACUCACUCAUAAAUAAAGAUAACUCAAUGUCCAAAUCUAAAAUUCCUGUGGGUAGAAGCCGAAGAUUUCAUUAGAAAUUUACAGUAAGAAUCGACUGAAGGCGCACGAGCGAUUUUUCAUAAUCAUUUAUUUUUAUAACAAUUUGGUUUGUACCUAUUUGGUUUUAAUUAAUAAAUAAAAAUCUACAAAACACAUUUUGAACAUUCUUGUAU